AUGACAGCGUCUGCUCCAGCAGCUGAAGGGUGAGUUUCAGAAAGUUAUGAUAACUUAAUUUCUUCGCAGAAUAACAAUCGCACCAACGGCAAUUGUUUGUCGAGAUGCAAUCCUCGAAGGAAAUGUGACGAUUGGAGACAAUUGUAUUAUUCACCCUCUGGCGAUAAUCAGAGCGAAAAGUGGUCCGAUCUUGAUAGGUGCAAAUAACAUUGUAGAAGAGCGGGCGAUAAUCGAAAAUAGGUUUUUCCUUAUUCUUACGUUUUUUUUAUAUAUGAUGUUUCAGAAAUACUGAUGGAAAACCGAUGGUUAUUGGCGAUGGAAACACUUUUGAAGUUCAGUCACGUAAGUUAAUUCGUUUAUAGUUGUUGGAAACUUUUUAUGGCUAAUAAAACGGGUGAGCAUUUGGAAAAAAAAUCCUAGGUCACUUGAUAAUUCCUUUUCUCAGGCUCUUGCAAUUGGUAAAAAAAAACCCUUUAUUACAAUGAAAUCGGAAAGAAGUUGCAGAGUGCCGCGCCCUGUGCAUCGGCAGGAACAACGUGAUGGGCGUGCGGAGCGAGUUGGAGGACGGUUGCGUGGUCCUCGACGACUGCACUUUGGGCGUCGGAUGUCGCGUCGUCGCCGGCCAGACUCUCGACGUCCGCAGCGUCGUCUUCGGUAGUGAUUCUGUCCAUCGAAUCGCUGCCGACGGCGUUCUGGUUGGUUCAGAUGAAAAUUCAGAUUUAGGAAUGCCUUGAUGAGAUUACUCGUAAAUACACUGGCUCCCAUUUUUCAUUGAACAGAAAAAAACCAUCAGUAUUUUUUUGUCAAUCCUCUGGAUUUUUUUCAAUAUUUUUUUGUAGAAGUCGUUAUGAACUCGAGUCCCUUAUCCAAAUUCAAACAUUGAAUAUUUUUCUAAACAGAAAAGUUGUAAAAGCGUUCAUAGUGAUUUGCUAGUUUGCUCAAACUUUCCUUUAGAAGAAAAAAAUAAGUUAAAUUAAUAAUUCCGCUAGAUUACACUGCAUUGUUAACUCAUUUUUUUAGGCGAACACGACACAGUUGGAACUGUUACGAGUACUUCUUCCGUCAUAUCAUUACCUCCAAAAGUCAUCUACAGGCGCUAAAUAG